UCACGACAUGAAACACUUUUCUGAAAAACAUUUUUUUCUCUGCACAAUGGCUCUUAAUUUGAAAUCGUGCCAAAUUCGGCAGGGGAAUUCGCAAAAGGCUACCACCGUCGAAGUCCGUUAGUCUCACGUCGCCAGGAGCCAUUUUCAGCUACUGGGGUUUUCCUCGUUUCUCUCUCUCUUUCUCUAUCAUCGCCUCACUCUUGGGUCUCCUUCAGGCCACCGCAAGCAGCACCGUCGCCGCCGCUAUUGGUGGACGGUUUUCUUUCAACAGUCCCGACAGCGGCGUUUUCCUUCCUUAACUGACCUUGAACCCCUCCAAACUCGUGACCCACGUUCUGAAUGAUUCUUGAUUCGAACACUCACGACCCAACGAGAUCAGAUUUCUGAGGUUCGAACGUUUUCGAACACUUUCAGCGAGAGAUUGAGCUGUUUCGUUUUAGACUGAUCCUUGGAAGUUUGAGGUCGUUUGGGUGCUGGAUUUUGUUUGGGUGUUUUGUUUUGACGUCGAUUUAGGUUGAGGCUAAGAACCUUUGUGGGGAGAUCCACUAGUAUUUCAUAGUCGCUCCUGAAGAUUCUGCAUGCAGAUUCUCUAACAAGUCAUGGGGGAAGUUAAAGGAAGCAAAGUCAUGAAGAACAAGGUUGAUUUGGACAACCAUGAUGACGCUUGUUGGUGGUUGAUUCAUAAAGGAGUUAAAGCUAUUUUUAUGUCCAUAUCUUUGUUUGCUUUGCUGGUUCGAGUGGCAGUCUCCCUUCAUCCUUACUCAGGUGCGGGAAACCCUCCGAAGUAUGGUGACUAUGAGGCACAGAGGCAUUGGAUGGAAAUCACCAUCAACCUCCCAGCUAAGGAUUGGUAUCGGAACAGUACCACUAAUGACCUCAACUAUUGGGGACUUGAUUAUCCACCCCUUACAGCCUAUCAGAGUUUCAUUCAUGGUCUAUUUCUCAAGUUGUUUGAUUCAGAUUCAGUUUCACUGUUUACUUCGCGAGGUUACGAGUCCUAUUUUGGAAAACUUCUUAUGAGAUGGACGGUUUUAUCCUCUGAUGUGCUGAUUUUCUUUCCUGCAGUUUUCUGUUUUGUUCUUGCAUAUUUUAGUGAUAACUCCAGCUUUCGUAAAAGUGAUAUAGCAUGGCAUAUUGCAAUCCUUCUCAUCAACCCGUGCCUCAUCUUAAUUGAUCAUGGUCAUUUUCAGUACAACUGUAUAAGCUUGGGCCUCACUGUGGGAGCUAUUGCUGCCAUAUGUACGGAUAAAGAUCUUCUGGGUAGUUUCCUAUUUACUCUUGCUCUGAAUCAUAAGCAGAUGAGUGCAUAUUUUGCUCCAGCAUUUUUCAGCCAUCUCCUUGGAAAAUGUAUGAGGCGUAGAAACCCCAUUGUUGAAGUGUUAAAAUUGGGCUUCGUAGUCUUGGGAACUUUUGCUAUUAUUUGGUUGCCAUACCUUCAUUCAGUUGAUGCCCUUUUGCAGGUUCUAUCACGUCUUGCUCCCUUUGAUAGAGGAUUAUAUGAAGAUUAUGUGGCGAACUUUUGGUGUACCACAUCUGUUCUUAUUAAGUGGAAGAGAUUAUUUUCAGUGAAACUACUGAAAUUUCUCAGCUUCACUGCUACACUGUCUACAUGUUUACCUUCCAUGAUUCAACAGAUUCAUGUCCCGAGUAACCAGGGGUUUCUCUAUGGCCUUCUAUGUAGUUCUUUCUCAUUCUACCUUUUCUCAUUUCAAGUGCAUGAGAAGUCUAUUCUUCUGCCUCUUCUUCCUGCAAGCAUGUUGGCUCUGGAUGAACCUUCAUUAUUUAUACAUUUUCUACACUAUGCAUUGCUUUCAAUGUUUCCUCUUGUAGUUCGAGACAAACUGGUUCAAGCAUAUCUUGCCAUUUAUGCUCUUACCUUCCUUAUUAUCAAUGCAUCAAAUAAAGGAAAGCAAAAAGGGGGAGCGUUUCGUUCUGGUGGGGUUUUAUUCGGAUGUGCUCUGUGUUCACUUAUUCUCCACGUUGUUUACUUGGUGGUGCGCCCUCCUGAGAGGUAUCCCUUUCUCUUUGAGGCAGUAAUUAUGCUUCUUUGCUUUUCUCAAUUCACCUUCCUUGCGGUCUUCUCCAAUAUAAAGCAAUGGACGCUGUCUAAAGCUGUUCCACCGAUGCAUAAGCAGAAGCUUAAUUAGUUUGCUACGCUUCUAACUCAGUUACUUACGCGUGACUUUACACUUUUGUUUUCUUAACCAAGAACACAAUAUCUUGUUGAGUUUAUUUUAAACAGAAGUAACUCAGCAGCGGCCCCUACAGUUCAAUUCUUUUUGAUAAUUGAUGAAGUUACCGUUUCCAGUGAAGCUCUUUUCA